GCUCUUUCCACAUCAGUGCUUCUGCUUUUUCUUGACAAAACACGUUUCAUAUUUGUGCUGAAACUAACUAAAGAAAAUGUUUCCGCCGUUUCUGUUCUGUUUGUGUUUGUGGCGUCUGGUUGGUGUGUUUGGUGAAAUCAAGUCCGUGUCAGUGAUGGAGGGUGAAUCUGUUACUCUACACACUGAGAUGACUAUAGUACAGGGAUUUUAUGUGAUACUGUGGAGAUUUGGUCCUGAACAGACUAUCAUAGCUUCAAUUCAUAAAAGGGAUCAAAUCUUCUUUCCAUAUUGGUCUGAUCGUGAUGAUGAAGUGAGAUUCAAAGGCAGACUGCAGGUGAAUGAAAAGACUGGAUCUCUCACCAUCACAAACAUCACGACUGAACACUCUGGACUUUAUCAACUAGAGAUCAGAUCGGAAGUGGGAAAAAUUUCACACAGUUUCAAUGUUACUGUCUAUGCUCGUCUGCCGGUUCCUGUGAUCACCAGUAACUCUUCUCAAGGUUCUUCAAGCUCUAAAUGUGUGUUGGUGUGUUCAGUGGUGAAUGUGACACCGGCGACUCUCUCCUGGUACAAAGGAAACAGUUUAUUGUCCUCCAUCAGUGUGUCUGAUCUCAACAGUCUCUCUCUACCUCUGGAGGUGGAAUAUCAGGAGAACAACAUCUACAGCUGUGUGAUCAACAAUCCCAUCAGAAACCAGACUAAACAUCUCGACAUUACUGAAGUCUGUCAGACGUGUUCAGUUCCUCGUCACUCAGACGUGAUCCGCUCUUGUGAUUCUACUGAAGCUGUGAUCCGAUUGGUCGUCUCUGCUCUGAUGGGCGUGGCUGCUGUUGCUGCUAUUGUAGUUUUGGGUUAUGACAUCAGAUCCAGAAGACUUGAACAGAAGAGAUCACAGACUUCACAUGUUCUCACAUCUGGGCACUAGGUGGAGAU